CAUGGUAUUACGUGUAGUUGACGGCUUCUGCAGCUCAAUUUCAGUACAUCAUCGCAGUUCCCGUGUUUGUAACGCCUGUGUGUGCGGCAGUUGAAAAGAAUAAACGUCAAAGGAGACAUUUACUUAUUACUAUAAUUUGCUUUAUUGGUUUACAAUUGAGAAUGUCAUUAAUUAAACGUGAUGUAUAGAAAGCAACAAAUCCCAGGAAUCACAUCACUGACACAGCAGCUGUGGUGGAAAUCUGCAAUGUCCUGAAUAAGGAGCCAUACUGUGCACACAUUGCGACGAGAGUGAUAGCUAACAAAAUUCAGUCAUUGCAGGAGUGGGAAGCACUACAGGCCCUUAAUUUGCUGGACACAUGUAUGAAGCACUGUGGGGUGGGCUUCCACGCAGAAGUAGGAAAAUUCCGCUUCCUGAAUGAGAUGAUAAAGUUGGUGUCACCGAAAUACCUCGGUGGACAGACUGCUUUGGCCGUGAGACAACGAGUGUUACUACUCAUGCACGCGUGGACGAUCGAGUAUCCUCGAGAAACAAAAAUCAAAGAGGCCUAUGACAUGCUGAAGAAGCAAGGUGUUGUUAAGGAGGAUCCACCAUACGUUAGUAGUGGUGCAAACAGUAAAGAGAAGGAUGUCUCCAUCAUUUCACCACCAACUCGUCCAAGAAGCUCCAUCUUUGAAGAUGAUGAACGGUCACGACUCCUACAAAAAUUGUUACAAAGCAAGAAUCCUGAUGAUCUGCAGGCAGCAAAUAGGUUGAUUAAGACUAUGGUCAAGGAGGAUGAAUAUCGUGUGGAGAUGAAUAGCCGAAGGGUAACGGAACUGGAAUCUGUGCACAACAAUGUGAGGCUCCUGAGUGAGAUGCUGGAUCAGUAUUACCUCGGCCAGACAUCAGCAGAAGAGUCGGAACUCAUCAAGGAGCUUCAUCAGAGCUGUGAGCGGCUUCGACCCAGCGUGUUCCGACUUGCAGCAGAGACACAGGAUAAUGAAGCAAUGUUGAAUGAAGUCCUGAGUGCUAGUGAUGAAUUAGGACAGGUGUUUGACAAAUAUACAGCCAUUAUUGUACAGGGGAAAAGACCUCCACUGCCAAAUGUUACAUCAGGUUCUACAUCCUUACUGGAUUUAAGUACACCAAGUGAAGAGAAGUUACCACCAGUACCAGCUGAACUUCUUAGCAACCAACUCAUGGAUUUAGGAUUAGACCCAGCUUCCAAGCACUCAGCACCUAGUCUGUCUAAUAUUGGCACUACCAGAGAUAAGCAGUCAGAUUUAGAAACCCUGGGUGACAUUUUUGGGUCACUUGCCCCUUCAAAGUCUCCUGUUCCUAGUGCAUCUUCCAUUGGAGUAACCUCUAUUCUUCAGCCAGUUACCAUUCAACAGAAUAGUUGUAAAUCGGAAACAUCUCCCAUUGCAGGGGAACCAGAAAAGCCCAGUAAGCUGAAAGCUUUGGAAGAUUUGGAUGCACUUGGAAAAUCCCUUCUGAAACAGAGUUUACCCACUUCCUGUAAACUGGGUUCACAGUUUGCCAAACCUGCAGUCAAAGUUCCCAUGAACCUGCUGAGCAAACCUCUUCCAGAAGGCAAUCAGGAUGAGUCCUCGGCUGACACUCACAGUUUGCCUGUGUCAUUGGGUGUGACACCCAGUGGUAACAAUAUUGUAGCUUCCAGUUUGGAUCUUGACUUUCUCAUUGGUCAGGAUGUGAAGACAGGAAGUAAUGAGAUGACUGGUGGCCCUGGAAGAGGAGGAGGAGGAGGGAGUGAUAGUGGAGGUGGUAGUUUAGGCAGAAGCUCUGCUACAUCUGACUUGCUUAAUGCAUCGCUAGUGAAUGGAAGUGGAUCUGAUGACUGCAUGGUAGAUAUAUCAGAAGUGGCUGGGGUGGAAACAGGAGCAAGUGGUCCAGGUUCAAUCAAUGAGCAGAGCAGUCAACUGACAGGGGCAUCCCCGUCAGCGGCAACGAGGCACGGAACGGAAGCAGAAAUAGUAAACAAACAGGUGUCAGGGACCAGUUCUAGCAGUGCUGCAGUCAGUAAUGGGGGCACAAGUACAGUCCGUUCUCCAGCAAGAAAAGUUGAGGUUAAGCCACUCACAGACAUUUCUGUCCCACUAGAAAAUAUCAGACCAGGUUCUUUACCACCACUCACUGUUCUUGAUGAGAAGAGUGGCAUCACAGUUAUCCUGAAUUUUGGAAAGGACAGCCCCAGGCCAGAUGUCUCUGUCAUUGUUGUUACAACAAUCAGCAAGAAUUCUUCGCCAAUCUCAAACUACUUAUUCCAGGCUGUUGUUCCAAAGACUUGCAAACUGCGACUGCAGCCUCCAUCUGGUUCAGAUCUGCCGGCCCACAAACCAUUUCUUCCUCCUUCUGCUAUAACGCAGGUCUUGCUGAUAGCUAAUCCAAAUAAGGUGAGUGCUUUGUGUCCUAGCAUACUACUGCAGUAGGAAAACAUGGAGGAAAGAGAACACUUGGUAGUUCUAGCCAUAGCUGGAA